AUGAAGGUCUUCGCAUCGUUGCUCUUGGUCGUGCUGGUUGCCUUCGCUGCCGUUCAGGCUAGCGUCCAGCCCACGCCCGCUCCUCAUGUCGAGAAGAGGCAGUCCUUUAACCCCUACGACAUCUCGCAGUACACGAACCCCGCUGCCAUCUCGUCGCUCUCGGCUUUCAUUACCUCGCAGUUUGGAUCGCUGAGCGGCGUUUCUCUGCCUCCUGAGCAGUCGUCGGCCCUCGCUUCGCAGGAGAGCAUGGCCUACUCGUACCUUUCGCUUGCCUCGUCGAUCGUUUUCAACGGCGGCGCUAGCAACUCGGCCUUCAGCUCGGUCGCGAGCUCGCUCACCAACACGGCCUCGAUCAGCAGCGCUGCCUCGAGCUUCUCUAGCAGCCUCUCAUCGGCUGCUUCAUCGGCUGCUUCGUCGCGAACCAGCUCCGGCGCUUCCAACGCCGCUCUGGGUGGUUCGGUUCAGAUCCCUGGCUUCGCCGUCGGCAUGGCGGCCUGCACAUUCGUCGCCGCUUUCGCCGGGGCUUUCAUGCUCUGA